AUGGGUGGGAUUGCUGCGAGUCUCUACUUUGAUAUACAGCAUGUUCGAUAUCGAAUCACUCAUUUCGUCCCCGAGAACACAGUCGAUGCCUCUCGCUACGUCUUCAUUGCACAUCACAAUGAUGGAACCGAUGUCAAUGAAGCUCAGCUUUCAGAGUUGGGUGAAGGUGAUGUCACUCAAUCUGCAACUUCUGAGCAGCAUGGGCCCGCCAUGACUGAGCCGAAUAUCACUGCUUCCACCCAGAAUAAUCAAUUCUUCAUUGGCGGGAAUGCUCAACAUGAGCAGUCCGAUGACUCUAUCGCGCAUCAACCUGCACAUAGUUUCAGCUUCCCCGCCGGCCAAGAUCUUGUCGGUGACCAAGCUGCACAGAACUUCACCUUCCCCACCAGCCAAGGUUUUGUUGGUGAUCAAGUUGCACAGAACUUGAAUUUCUCCACUGGUCAAGACCUUGUAGGUGAUCGGCCUGCAGAGAACUUCAACUUCCUUGCCAGUCAAGAUCUUGUGGGUCUUCAGUCUGUACAGAACUUCUCAGUUCACACCGGUCAAGAUCUUGGGGGCAUCCAGCUUCCGCAAAUCGCCAAUCAUCUCAUCCCUAACUAUUGUGGUCAAGGUGUUGCGAUCAAAGCCGCUCACGAUGCUCUGAUCCAAGCUCCUCAGCCUUCCAGCAGGCUGCCUCAGCCGCCUCGUGUAAGACGACCAUCGAAUGCAUGGAUUCUCUACCGGCGAGACAAAAGCAAGGCCUUGUCCACGAGCAACCCAGGUCUCAAAGCUGCCCAAAUUUCCGGGAUGAUAUCCGAAAUGUGGCAGAACGAGGAUGACGAGACUAAGAACUAG